AUGUCGCGCGGGAUCCAGAAACUGAGGUCUCGAGCCACAGGAGAAUGGACCGGAGUGCAGGGAGAGCCUUUAACGGAAGAAUCGGGCUUUGAUGAUCCGGACGCCGUGUUCCCCGACUGCCAACCGACGACUCGUCCGCCAUGGAAGAAACUAUUGUGGGUCAAGCAGGACUACCCCGACAACUAUGUGGACUCGUCUUUUCUGUCGCAACUGCGCCGAAACGACAAUGUGGCUCAGUACUCGUUCCGCUCACUGUUUCUCGACUCUAGUGUGAUCAUCAUGCAUCUGUGCACUAUCGUCGUCUUUGUGGUGGUGUUUUUGGGCAUAUUCAACCAUGAGUGGGACCCCGAGUUCUUUGCGAUCAUCGCAUCUGUGCUCACAGUGCCCGGAUACUUUGUAUACGAGAAGUACAAGAUCCACAAUGACGACAAGAGCCGACCCUCUACGAUAAAGGGAGCGCUACUCAUUGUAUUUGUCCUUCUUGCUCUGUCACCAGUGCUAAAGUCGCUGACACGAUCCACAUCGUCAGACUCAAUCUGGGCCAUCGCCUGCUGGCUGGGGCUCGCUAACGUGUGUUUCCACGACUACACUGAUGGAGCCCGCACUGCUUCAGGCGCGUCUUCGCUCAAAUUGACUCGUCCUAUUCUGUCAACAAAUCUCGCUAUGCUGGCAGCAAUAGUGCUAGCUUCUCAACUGCGUACAACAAUGGCAGUCUUUUGCUUCGUGCUCUUUUCUGUCAUUCUCUUUGGAGUCUUCCCCAUGUUUACACAAUGGUGUCGUGCCACCUCCAGACGCGGGUACUGGGUGCUCCUGUCCAUACUGCUGAUCCUAUCCGCUACAGGCCUCUAUGUCAUUGGAGGGCUGUGGGCACUGGGGGCCUGGAUUGGAGUUAAGCUCUUUGUCAGUGUGGGUGCUCCACUGUGGCUUCUGGCCCUUCAGAAAUACAAAAACGACAUUCAAGGCCCAUGGGAUAUUGCCAAGCCGGUCAUUCGAAAUCGUCCGUGA